AUGGACAAAUCCCAACCACACCCUCAAUCGUUGCACCUCGAACUGGCCGUGCCAGAAAGAAUUGACAGCAGCACACAAUCCCAGUCAUCCCUAUCAUCCCUAUCAUCCCUAUCCCAGAAGUCAUCCUCCAUCUCCCAAGAUGGAUUUCCGGCAGUUCUCAAGGGCAAGAGGCUCUUGCUCGUCACCGAAUCCCUAGGCCCGGUCAAUGGUGUUAGUCGCACCACCCUCAGUCUGAUCGAGUUCCUUCGCCGCAAUGGGGUUCAGCUUGCCAUUGUCGCGCCUCAUUCGAAAGAGACGAGGCUGCGGCCGAAGGCGGACACCAUCUCGGAACUGCGGUUACCUGGCUACCCGUUGCCUUACAACCCAGAUUUGACCGUGGUCUAUCCUUUCCAGCUCGAAGACGUCUACAAGCGCACAUUCAAACCUGAUAUCGUGUACUUGGCUAGUCCUGCUUCGACGGGCUUUCAGUUCUUGCUACAAAUUCGCCAACUCCAGGAGCCUCCUGUGGUGCUGCUGAAUUUCCAGACCGACUUAUCUGCCUACAGCGAGAUCCUCUUUCCGGGCCCUGUGGCUCGCUUCUCCGUCUGGCUGCUAGGAGUGGUACAAGGGUUUCUAUUCAGUCAUCGAAGCGUCCACACAAUAUUCUAUCCCUCGUCCGGGAUUCGUCGCUAUCUGCUCAAAGCGGGUGCGCCCAGCAGCAGGCUCGUUCAACUGGGUCGUGGUGUCGAUACGACACUGUUCAAAGCUUCCCAGCGUGAUGAAGCAUAUCGCAAGGAGCUUGCACCUAAUGGGGAGCUCAUUCUUGUUUGUGUGUGCCGGCUGGCCCCUGAAAAAGGCUUCGACUUUCUAGCGCAGGUGGCCGCUGAAUUGGUGCAACAGGGCUUCCCUUUCAAACUGCUGAUCGUGGGUGGCAACCUCAACCCCGCAGUCGAGGAGGAUGUUCGCCGGCUUUUUGACCCUCUCAAAGACCAUGUCGUCUUCACAGGCCUCUUGACGGGCGCCAGUCUCGCUCGCGCCUAUGCUUCGAGCGACCUGUUUCUUCAUUGCUCGGUGACUGAGACUUUUGGUUUGGUCGUUCUUGAAGCCAUGGCAAGUGGGGUGCCGGUUGUUGCUCGAGACGAGGGAGGUCCAUCAGAUGUUGUCAAACACGCAGAGACCGGCUACUUGGUGCCACCCCACGACCUGGAUACCUUUGUCGAUUUUGUCAAGCGCUUCUCGAACAAGCAUCUAUCCUCUACCAUGGCUGCAAAUGCGAGGCAGUUUGCUUGCGAAACUACCUGGGAGAAAAUUAACAAGCGAGUGGCCUGGCAGCUUGCCGAUGGUUGGCAGGAACACCUUCGAUUAAGGCAAAAGAAGCGGCCCAUACGUAAUUGGUUGGCCAAUCGAUACUAUGGCUUUAAGUCAGCCAUCGUCGUGCCAUGGGUUGUCAGAUUCCGCUUACACUUCGCUAUUGUCCUGGUCUACAUUGUCUGGAUGAUGGCAGCGGUUGUCCUGCUGCUGUACGGGAACAAGAUCAUUCCGAGGAGUUGGCGUCUGGUGCGAAAUAUACCACUGAUUUUUCAGGAAGGUCACUAUCGUUCUUUCAAGCAGGGCUUCCGAGAAGCCUUGAAGCAACUAUCAACUCCACAAUGA